AUGGCCAAGGGGAACGCAAAAGGUCAAAAAGGGAAGAAGAUCACCUUGAAAAUUGCCAAAAAUUCUAUCCGGGUAGCUUUUGAUGGAGGGCUCCGUCUUGACUUAAGCAAGAUGGGUAUCACCACCUUCCCCAAGUGCAUUCUGAAACUGACUGAUGUGGACGAACUUGAUUUGAGCAGAAACAUGUUAAAAAAGAUUCCAAGCAGCAUUGAGAACUUCCAGAAACUGCGCUGGCUGGACCUGCAUAGUAAUCAGCUUGAGGAGCUGCCCAAGUCAAUAGGUAAGCUUCAGAACCUUUUCUACCUGAAUAUAUGCAACAACAAGCUGACCACAAAAAAUCUGCCAGAAGAGCUGAACCUUCUCAAGAACCUGCAUAUUCUCAACCUUGGCUUGAACUGUCUCGAGAGUAUUCCCACCAGUCUUGGGGCCCUGAAGGAACUUAGGGAGAUAGGUCUCUUUGACAAUGCCUUGACCACCAUCCCAAACAGUGUGAAAAAGCUCCCCAAGCUCAAGAAACUGAAUACAGAAAGAAACCCUUUCCCAGAUUCAACAAAGCAAGAAGAGCAAACCGACUCCAUCAAACGCAUAGAAACACUUUACUUAGCAGAAGAGAAAGACCUUUGCUAUUCCUGCCUGAAGAAAUGUCAGGAUGAGAGGGACAAAUUGAAGAAGUUAAACAACAUGACACCCAGCCCCUCAAAGAAGCCAAGUUUCUCCUUACUCCUUACACCCAAUUCUGUUGCAAUGGAUAAUCAAGAAGAAUGGAGACUAAGCAGCAAACAUUCUUGA